GGGAAAAGCGACCAUCAGCUAAGGUUGAUACUCCAAAAGCAUCAUCGACAGCUUCGAAGACCCUUUCAAGUCGAAGCAAGCCUGCUACCUCAAGCGGAAAGGAUAAAGUUAAAAAGGCAACCACAACAAAAACCUUAAAG